GGCCUUAAAUAGUCGUCCUGUUUGGAAGUGCGUCAUUGCGGUUGUGUUGUUGUGGUUCAGCUAUCGCGCAGCAUGGCGGCCACUUUGGUGAACAAAUGUCUCAGUCCUCUCACUUUACUCACUAGGAGACUUUCUGUUCCUGAGUUCUUCUCCCAGUGUUGCUAUCACCAGAAGGUGGUGGAUCAUUAUGAGAACCCGAGAAACGUGGGCGUACUGGACAAACACUCCAAGAAGGUGGGCACAGGCCUGGUGGGCGCUCCGGCGUGCGGUGACGUCAUGAAGCUUCAGAUUGAGGUUGAUGACGACGGCAAGAUUGUGGACGCCCGCUUCAAGACGUUCGGUUGCGGCUCGGCCAUCGCCUCCAGCUCGCUGGCCACUGAGUGGAUCAAGGGCAAAUCGGUGAGCGAAGCGCGAAACAUCAAGAACACGGACAUUGCCAAAGAGCUCUGCCUGCCACCUGUAAAACUACACUGCUCCAUGCUGGCUGAAGACGCCAUCAAGGCGGCGCUGGCUGACUAUCAACUCAAGCAGCAGGACGACCAGCAGGUGGUGGUCCAGGCCUCCAAUUAAGCGGAGUGUCACUUCCUCUCCCUGAUAACCAACCACAGCUUCAUCCACGGCACCAUGUGGUGUCACGUAAAAGUCGCCUGUCACGCAUACGCACAAUGUUAACUCUUCGCCCUGUUUCUCAUGUUGCCGGCAGGGUUGUGAUUUUAUGAUGUGAUCAAGCAACACGAUGUGUCGAGUGUAACGAUAUGUUGAAAAAGAUGCAAAAUAAAACUACUCCCAAAAUGU